UGUUUAUAUUGCAUUAAGUAUUAGAAUGGCAAAUCAAAUUAAAUGGCUAACCAUCUUCGUCUUAGUACAAAUUUACAGUUCCGCAAUGGCGAACCCUGUAAAAACAGAGCUCAGCCAAAAGGAUAAAUCACUAGUCAAACAACAACUACAAAACGAUGAUAGCGAUCGAAGAAAAAGAAGUUAUUAUCCAUGGUCAGGACAAAUCGCACCUCUUCAAUACGAAAGUUUCACACACUGGAAGCCUCCAACAUACCAACUAAGUCGACCGUAUUACAUCCCGAUUUUCGGAGCGCCAGGAAGGAUACCGGUUUAUUAUCCACCACAACCUCUUCUGUUAAACCCCGGUACUCCACAGGACAAUCCAACGUUCCCAAGGCAAAACAUGUACUUGCCUCCAUUUACAACUUCACGUCCAGGGGCAGACAGUAACUUCGAUGGGCAGUCGUAUUUGCCGCCCAAAACUGACAAGCCGGCUAUUGAGGAUAAAUUCGGUAUGGACGAUGACGCACCAGUAUGGGGAGGAAAUAAUGGUCAAACUGACAAAACAACAACUCAAAGACCCUCAACAAUGCGACCCACUCGCCUUCCAAAACCACAAUCCGAAACUCUUCCUCCUUUGCUGCACGUCGAUACUGACAAGGGAACCAAUCAACUUUCUGUGGAUCAACCCGAACUUCCUCCUCCUGAAGCACCUCCAAGGCAAGGACCCAGUAAUUGUGUUUGGGCUAUUGUUAAUUGUUGUUCGGUCAGUAAUCCGAGAGUUGUGGAAGCUUGUUUCGAACAGAGGGGGUGUCCUGGACCAUUCUGGGGUAAAAGUCCUUGUGAAGGUGACUUCGCCCGUGCUGCCUUGGAAAAUACUUUGAAUUAUUACAAUCCUGAUGCUUGAGAGUUUCUUUUUAAUAUCAUGUGUGUGAUAUCUUUACUUAAAAUAUAUAUUGGUGCCUUUUCCGACCAAAUUUUAUAUAUGUAAUGCAGAUCUGACAUAUUUAUUUUGUUUUCAAAAAAAUUUUGUCCGUACUCAUGUGACAGUAAAACAUUGUUUAAGUUUUGUGAUUGAAUCAAUUAUAGCUUUGUUUUCUGUCGCUUUACAAUAGCAUAGGUAAUUAUUUAUUUAUUUAAGAAAUUUAGUUUAAAUAGUUAUUAAAAAGUUGUGAUGUACAAGUUACUGGCUUGUAAAUCUGCCAAAUAAAAUAUAUUAGGAA